GCGCUGUGCGCAGGCGCGCGGUGACGCCUCGGCAAGGCCGGAAGGAGCGCAGCGGCGGCCUCGGCGGCGGCGGCGACCAGGUUGUCGCGGCCGCUCCUGCUGACUGGAAAUCGCGGCGACAGAAGCCCCCGAGCUUGCCUCGCGAGCCGGCGAGUCGAGUGGCGAGUGGUCACCAUGUUUAGAUAUUAGCAAGCACAUAGGUGUAUGUCUGCGUUGGAAAAUGGCAGAGGGAAACAGCAAUGAAGAGGUGAUUCACUUGAACAAUUUCCACUGCCACCGGGGACAAGACUGGAUCAAUCUCAGAGAUGGACCCAUCACCAUAUCUGACUCCUCUGAUGAGGAAGGGGUUCCAAUGCUGGUCACCCCAGCUCCUCAGCAACAUGACGAAGAGGACCUGGAUGAUGAUGUCAUCCUGGCGGAAACAUACAAACCUCAGACAUCACGACCCAAUCUCAUCAAACCAGCUGCCCAAUGGCAAGAUCUCAAAAGAUUGGGAGAAGAAAGGCCUAAAAAAUCUAGAGCAGCCUUUGAAUCAGAUACGAAUGGCUAUUUUCCUGUGUAUAACAGCUCAUUGUUUGGUUCUGGGACGCAGGAUGAUUCUGAGGAUGACUACGGUGAAUUUCUAGAUCUUGGGCCUCCUGGAGUUUCUGGAUUCAUGAAGCCAAGUGGCCAAACAGAAAGAGAACCUAAGCCUGGACCAAGUCACAACCAAGCAACCAAUGACCUCAUCAACCCCAGAUCAGAGCAGAAAGUCAUUAUCUUAAAAGAAGGUAAUCUUUUUUCAGAAGCUGAUCCUUUGGACAUUCAGAACCAGUCAUCUGAAGAGUCAGAGACAGAGAUUUUAUCAAACCUCGGAGAAGCAACUGAUAUCCUCGAUGACCAGGCCAUCGAAGAAGAAUGCUGGUUAGACCACCCUUACUUCCAGUCUCUGAACCAGCAGCCCCGUGAGGUACCAAGCCAGGUUGUACCUCAGGAGCGGCGUCCUGAAGCAGAACUGGGCCCACUGCUGUAUCAGCAUGAGCCCCGGGGGACAGCUUUCCCAAGACCGGCGUUUGCAAGACCAGAGCCCCAGCAGGAUUGGAUUCCAGACCCUGGUUCUCCUCAGCCUGCCCAUCCUUUGGGAGAGCUUGAAGACCAACAACUAGCAAUAGAUGAUGAAGAGCCAGGCCCAGCAUUUCCACUACAAGAAACUCAGGAGCCCAAUUUGGAAAACCUUUGGAGGCAAGAAGCUUCUGACGUAGACCAGGAACUCAUUGCACUGUUGGUAAAAGAGACAGAAGUAAGAUUUCCUGAUGUAGCAAAUGGGUAUGUUGAGGAAAUAAUUCAUUUGAAGAAUUACUAUGAUUUGAAUGUACUUUGUAAUUUUCUUCUGGAAAAUCCAGAUUAUCCAAAGAGAGAAGACAGAGUCCUUAUGAAUCCCAAUAGCAGCCUGCUUGCCAGCCAAGAUGAGAUGAAGUUGCCUACGAUAGACUUUUUUGACUAUUCUAAGUUGGCUCCUCUUGACCAGCGCUGCUUCAUCCAAGCUGCCGACCUCCUGAUGGCCGACUUCAAAAUGCUUAGCAGUCAGGACAUCAAGUGGGCCCUGCACGAGCUCAAAGGACACUAUGCAAUCACCCGAAAGGCCUUUUCUGACGCCAUUAAAAAAUGGCAGGAGCUAUCGCCAGAAACCAGUGGAAAAAGAAAAAAGAGAAAAGAAAUGAAUCAGUAUUCUUACAUAGAUUUCAAAUUUGAACAAGGUGACAAGAAAAUAGAGAAGAGGAUGUUCUUUCUGGAAAAUAAGCGGCGACAUUGUAGGUCCUAUGACCGGCGUGCCCUCCUUCCAGCCGUGCAGCAGGAGCAGGAGUUCUAUGAGCAGAAAAUCAAAGAGAUGGCAGAGCAUGAAGACUUUUUGCUUGCCCUGCAGAUGAAUGAAGAACAGUAUCAAAAGGAUGGCCAGCUGAUUGAGUGCCGCUGCUGCUACGGGGAGUUUCCCUUCGAGGAGCUGACGCAGUGUGCUGACGCUCACUUAUUCUGCAAGGAGUGUCUCAUCAGAUACGCCCAAGAGGCUGUCUUUGGAUCUGGGAAGUCAGAGCUCAGCUGCAUGGAGGGCAGCUGCACAUGCUCAUUCCCAGCCAGUGAACUGGAGAAGGUGCUUCCCCAGACCAUCCUGUGUAAAUACUAUGAGCGAAAAGCAGAGGAGGAAGUUGCAGCAGCCUACGCUGAUGAGCUUGUCAGGUGCCCCUCCUGCAGCUUUCCUGCUCUGUUGGACAGCGACGUGAAGAGGUUCAGUUGUCCCAAUCCUCGCUGUCGAAAGGAAACCUGUAGGAAGUGUCAAGGACUCUGGAAAGAGCACAAUGGCCUCACUUGUGAGGAGCUGGCUGAAAAAGAUGACAUCAAGUACCGAACGUCUAUUGAAGAAAAAAUGACUGCCGCCCGCAUUAGGAAAUGCCACAAGUGUGGGACCGGCCUCAUCAAGUCCGAAGGCUGCAACCGCAUGUCCUGCCGCUGCGGGGCCCAGAUGUGCUACCUCUGUCGCGUGUCCAUCAGUGGCUACGACCACUUCUGCCAGCACCCUCGCUCCCCAGGAGCCCCCUGCCAGGAGUGUUCCCGAUGCUCUCUCUGGACCGACCCCACUGAAGAUGAUGAGAAGCUAAUUGAGGAAAUCCAGAAGGAGGCUGAAGAGGAACAGAAAAGAAAGAAUGGAGAGAACACCUUCAAACGCAUCGGGCCCCCCUUGGAGAAGCCCCCUGAGAAAGUGCAGAGGACCGAGGCCCUGCCGAGGCCAGUGCCCCAGAACCUGCACCAGCAGCAGAUACCCCACUACGCCUUCGUGCAUCCGCCCUUCCCCUUACCGCCCGUCCGGCCCGUGUUCAACAACUUCCCCCUCAACAUGGGCCCUAUCCCGGCGCCCUACGUGCCGCCCCUGCCCAACAUGCGUGUCAACUACGAAUUUGCCCCCGUCCACGUGCCCCUGGAGCACAACCUGCCCAUGCACUUUGGCCCCCAGCCUCGGCAUCGCUUCUGACGCCUGGGCCCCGCCCCUCCAGGGAGCCCCGCCAAGCGCCUGGCAGCGGAGGCUCGAUGCAGAUGCUCCCUCCCACCCCUGCCCAAGCCGAUGGCUGUGCCGGGCCUGCCAAGUAGGGGUGGUGGACUUGGCUCUCGGGAGGGUGGGCAGAGUUUCUUCCUGGGAAGGGCCAGCGCUCCUUCAAGAGUGACCAGCAGGUGGUGGUACCCUGUGGGUGCCCAUGAGGAUUGGUCUGGCAUUCGCUGGGCAGAGAUCAGGGGCAGCGAAGCCCUCUUCCUGAAGAGUCUGCCAUUCUAGCUGCCAGGUGGGGGCCCUGGCCACAGGGCACCCAUCUGUCACUCAUAUCCCUGCAGGAGUAGAUGCAGGGAAAUGUUUGCCUCCAGCCCCAGCCCCUGGCAGACAACGAAAGUCUCAGUUAAAAACCAUGUAAGCCUUCCUCACCGCAGCAGUGUGACCGGUAAUAAAGUGAAGUAACAGCGCAGUUUGGAGCCUUGAGACUGGACCCAGGUCCGGCGGGCCUGGUUCUCCCAUCCCCUGCUCCGAGGCCUGCCCAGCGUGGGAUGCGCCCCGCCGCCCUGACCAGUCGCUCCCAGUGAGGGGGAGGCUGUGGACUGUGUCCCCCAGGCCCCCACUGCCAUGGGGGUUCCAGGGUCUCCCCUCUUGGCCCUCGCAGAUGAGACCACAGGGAGCCACUUCAUGCAAUGGGAUAUUUGUGGUUUAUCCGAAGAAACGUUUGCUGUUCACUCAGUUUUCAGUUUUCCGUGGCCUACUAGAGUUUCCCUCAAUCCCCAUUACCUACCCCAUGGCUGGCAGCUGACCAGGGGUGGGGGGGGUCCCAAAAUCUUCACCAAACACAAGGCCUCUCUGAGGUAGCUGUGACAGCCUGGUGGCUCUCCUAGGAGCCGCAUUUGCCACCCCCAGUUCUCCCCGAAGGUGUGGCGGGGGCACUGGCUGUGCCCAGGGGCGGCCCCCGCCACGCACCCGUGGCCUUUUGCUGUCCAGCCCCAGCGGGCACAUGCUUGGCGGCAUGUCACCACACUCCAGCCCACGUGCAGAGCCGCGGCCCCCGUGGGGUGAACCUGCCUGGCCCCGGUGUUGGCCUCCGUUCUCUGGGUGACACCCGGAUGGCUGUGGGCUCCCGCAGCUCACACACAGACCUCAGUGCAGGGGACACGCUCCACGCCUGGGCGCCCUCUGCCACCAGCCUCAGCUGUUUUUCAGAGAUUAAACUGGAGAGGAGAUGAGGCUGAGUUGCUCAUCCUUGCUCUUUGUCCGGGUUUGGGCUUUGCAGAUAGGGAAUCCCCUGGGCUUGAGGGGGGCAGGUGCCUGAGGAGAGGCCACACCAACCCUCUGCUGCCAGGAGGCCCUCCCUGCCCGACCCCCUGCCCCUGCCCCUUGGGGUGCAGCCGCAGGGUUUCUUCCCAUACCUGGAAGGCAUGUUCCCCCUGCUUCCCCAUGGGAGAGUCUCUGAGAGCCAUGAACUGCCCACAGGUGUCCUACCAGGUGGGGAGGGUGACCCCAGGUGCUGUCUCCCUGCCCAACUGCUGACAGUCUCACCCCAGCCCACCAGAACCUUCUAGGUUUCUGACGCAAUUCAUCAUCCAACGAGGGAGCCAGGUUCCACCUCAGCUCUGCGACCCAGGGUAUGUGGCUCCACAGAGGGCCUGGGGCUCUCAGCCCCAGGACAGACCUCGGCAGGUGUGUGCCCGACACUGGUCUGGCGACUGCCCUAGGACCUGGCGUGUAGAGGUCACCUGGCACAGUGAGACCAGAAUGAUGGUUCCCUCGGAGCCAAUUCCAAGGCUCAUCUUUUGAGAAGAGUUCUGGCAGUUCUUAGCUGCACAGGACAGCUAGGGAACCACUCCUUCCUCUCUGAGCCAAGGGCACCCAAUUUCCAGUGUUCUCCUCCAGCCAGGGUGUGGAGUGGCUGGCAGAUCAGUGGACAUAGCGCCAUCACCAAACGUAAGUCCCCACGUGUCUGCAAAAUGAGCUUGUGGGUGUCCCCGUGUCCCGGAGGCAGCACCUGGGUCUCGGUCUCCUGGAGAAGCGGUCUGUCCCGGUGAUGGGAUAGGGGGAGAAACGGGGCAUCCUCAUCUGACGAGACAGACAGUGGCCUCAAGACACUAACGCCAGGACACCCGCGGAGAUGAGCCCAUCUGGGGACAGCAGCCCUGGAGGCAGCCAGCACCUUCCCCUCCGGGCCGCUGGGCUUGCUCCCCGGAGCGAAGGACUGCCCAGCGGCAGUCCUGUUCUUGCCUUAAAACUGGAGAGAGGAAUCUAGUAUUUGCACUUAGCGAAAGGUUUUAAAACAAGCGUGCAUGACCAGUCACAUUGUAUAAAAACAGCAAAAAUGAUUAGUUUAUUACUUUUUUUUUUCUUUCUGGUAGUAAAAAUACAUAAUUGUUUAAACUACUGUGUGUAAAAAGCCUGUAUCAUAUGUAACUUGGUUUUUUUGUAAAUAGACGUUUGUGCAGACUG